AUGCGGACGCACUGUUGGACUUGCGGCAUAAUCUACGGUGCCCGAGCGCCAUGGCUCAGAUCGGAGGAAGAUUCACAUGGCCGAAGAAUUUUACUGUUCCAGCAGGCAAUGUACAUCCGGCAGCGAGGAACAGGGACCGCUUCUUCGCUUCGUAACUUGGUGCAGAAGGAAACCACGGCCUUUUACCUGUUAGAACAGGUCACGCAUAUUAUCCAGUCCGGCAAGAACAGCUAUCGACGGUGUCUGCCCACCAGCUUCUACUGUUUUGUGGUUGUGUUCUACCAUUGUUUUUCAAACUUAGGGUUCGCAUUUCGACGGAAUCGGAUACUGUGUUGUACUCGAGACCGAUGCCACUUUAAUUUUGGGAUCUCCUCUAUCAAUCUCAUGGCGUUGGAGCACCGGUUUCUGCAACUGUUGGAACUGCCGACUUCGGCAGCGACUUCAAAGAUUUUUUUAUCUCAGAAAAUUCAGGACAAACUUUUUCCUGGAGGCCAUAUUCACGGGGUUGUACGUCCUGAUCUCCCGGAAGUUCAUCCUUUUUUCAAAUUCGUUUCUGCCCGUGUUGCAACAGGUGAGAAAAAAAGGCCUAAAUUGGGGACGACUAUGGGAACUCCCUCUGCGGCAUCUAGUUUAGAGAUCAUUGGACAGAUGGAAAGCUCAGUUCAAAAUGCCAGUUGCUGGCGAGUGCAGACUGUCGCUGCUCAGAUGAGAAGUCGGAAGGACGUGUGCCGCCACUUAUUGACUUCUGCGCAGACAGUAAAUGCUUCUGGAUAUGGAGGUGCACUUCUGUUGGUGUCUGGAGGACAUCCUUUGAGACGGCUACCUGUUGUUGACCGAUUUUUGCCAUCCAACUCACUUGACAUGUUACGCACUGCUUCUCAACUUCGAAAGUUUGGCAAUAUAUCUCCUGGUACGCAAUGAAGGGGUUCAGUUGUGGGCUGUUGAAAAUCCUCUUCUGAAUUCUGUGGCGCGCCUUGAACAGAAGAUUGAGGCUGGAGCAGAAACAGUGAUUCUACAACCACCACUACUUAUUGAUCGAUUUGGAGAAUGGUGGGGUGCCGCAAGAAGUAGAGGGUAAUGUACUUCUCUCCCCCCCCUGUAUGACUCUGGAUGGAGACGUUCAGUUACAUUUGUUAGUAGUUCAACUUCGACAGUAUCCACCUUACACUUUGUUGAAAGCCAUAUGCAUAUUCGAACAGGACGGAACUAUAGAUGUGGAUAUUCAUUGUUGGUGUUUCUCAUCCUACUGAUCAUUUGUGUCCACAUACCUUUAUGGUCAUGCAAUUGUCUCCUCCAGUCUGCUCGUUAGUUCGCUGUCUGGUACAAGUCUUUUGCUUGGUCGUCAUACACACGAAAUGUACAAAUAACUGCUGUUGUUUUUGCUGAUUCACUUGCAUCGGACUCGAGCGCACCCAAUUGAAGGCCAAGUUCGAUAUUUGAUGUGUCGCCGAUUGCCCUGAAACUAACAUUUGCUUCCAGCGUCCCAUACUUAGGUUACAGUUUUACCGUUUAACGUUGUUACAGUUUUGCCCUCUUUCAAUCGAUCAUGUGUAGGGCUCGAAUGUUUUGGCACACCUUUUAGAUCCAGUCAUAGUUGUGCUGCUUGUAUCGAGUGCAUGUAGUCGAGCUGGUUUUGUGGUCUUAUGUUUUCUGUCUCAUGACUUUUCAUCGUGCUAUUUGUGUGCUGGACAACUGGGCAGUCAAUAUGUGACAAUUAGUUCUGUGUGUACUAACUGUCAUCCAUUCAGCUGAGGUUGGUUGUUGGUCAACUCUUAUCCCAUGUCCUUGUUAUGAUCCAGUCAUAGUUUUGCUGCUUGUAUUGAGUGCAUGUAGUCGAGCUGGUUUUGUGGUCUUAUGUUUUCUGUCUCAUGAUUUUUCAUCGUGCUAUUUGUGUGCUG